AUGACAACUGGCCAGAGCGGGCACGAUCAUUCUCUCGCUAUCAGGCAGGAAAUACAGCGUUUCGAGAGCGUUCACCCGUCAAUAUACGCCAUUUACGAUCUUAUCGAUCUCGUGCCGGACGCGCACAUCGCCAAGCAAAUUCGCGAGCACGUCGUGGCGAUCGAAGAUUCCUUCGUCAACAGUCAUGAGUGGACGCUUGCGAGGGACGUCCCAGAAUUACACCUGGGAAUUAUCGGUUCCUCAGACUCGGGCAAAUCAGCACUGGUUCACAGGUACCUUACCGGUUCCUUCAUGCACGAGGAGUCGCCAGAAGGCGGUCGCUUCAAGAAGGAGGUCUUCAUCAAUGAUCAGAGUUAUCUUCUUUUAAUUAGAGACGAAGGUGGUGUGCCUGAAGCUCAGUUCUCCGCUUGGAUAGAUGCUCUGUUACUUGUAUUCAGCUUAGAAAAUGAAGAGAGUUUCUCCGUAGUUUGUGGUUUCUACAAUAGAAUGUGUUCCUUCCGGAAUAUGUCGGAGGUACCAAAAAUACUUGUAGGUGUACAAGAUUCAAUCAACGACAGCAAUCCACGUGUCAUAAAAGACGUUAAGCCGCGGAAAUUGGCUUGUGACUUGAGGUGUCCUUACUACGAGACGUGCGCCAUUUACGGCUUAAACGUCGAGAGAGUAUUUCAAGACGUGUGUCAAAAAAUUAUACAACAAAACACAUCCACGAGGCACUUCCCGUGCGACGUAUCUCAGCACAGCACGGAGAGCGAUAUUAAGUUUCCGGUGCCCGUUAUCACGAAGACCGUGCAUCUUCACAACAAGGAGGUGGAGAGCACGAAUUCGUUGAAAGCGAACACCUCGGAGAAAGAUGAGGACUGCCGGUCCAUUCACAACAGCUCCGUGCCGAACGAUUCGGGACUGCUGAACGACAAUUUCCACAAUAUGCAGAACCAACACGGUGAACUGCGAACGUCGAUCCUGACUCCGACUACCAUCAGGAAGUUCCGGAGAAAAUCGAACAUAUUCACACCUUCCAAGAAGGAGAAGUACAUGGGCGAGAUGGGCGUUGGCAGGGAGAUACCGGUGAAGCAAGGCUACCUGUUCAAACGGAGCAGCAAGUCUCUGAAAGAGUGGAAGAAGAAAUACGUCACAUUGUUGGAAGACGGCCGUUUGACUUAUCACUCGAGCUUGCAUGAUUACAUGAACGACACCAACGGUAAGGAGAUACUUUUGCAAUACGUCACGGUGAAGGUGCCUGGCAAAACGCCGAAGGGCUCCAAGUCGUAUAGCGCUCAAGAAGAUAGUUUCGAAUUCUCCAUUAUCUCGCUGGAGAACAAAACGUGGCAUUUCGAGGCGAACAACGCCGAGGACCGGGACAGCUGGAUCAGCGCGAUUGAGCAGCAGAUACUGUCGAGCCUGCAGAACAGCGACGGCGACAAGAAAAACGAAACCGACGCCUUCAAGAUGCACUGCAUAAAGAACAAGGUCUCGGGGAACGACGCAUGUGUCGACUGCGGCGCUUCGAAUCCCGACUGGGCCAGCCUAAACCUGGGCGUCCUGAUGUGCAUCGAGUGCUCCGGCAUCCACAGGAACCUAGGCUCACACAUAUCCAAGGUCCGAUCCUUGGACCUGGACGACUGGUCCGCAGGUCACUUAAGCGUCAUGCUGGCUCUUGGCAAUAACAUCGCCAACAGCGUCUGGGAGUACUGCUUGAACGGUAAGCAGAAACCCGUCUCGGACUCGUCCAGGGAGGAGAAGGAGCAGUGGAUCAGAUGGAAGUACGAGGACAAGCUCUUCUUACCACCGAUUAACCCGAACGUUCCCCUGGGGAAGUUGCUCAUCGACUCGGUCUGUCGAGGAAACAUGAGGGUGUUCACGUUCUGUCUGACUCGGUGCAGCUACGAGGACAUCAAUAUGCCGGUCAACGAGCCGGAAGAUCUGCGAACGCCGCUGCACUUGGCUUGCGCGACCGGGAACCUGGCGAUGGCGCAGCUCUUGAUAUGGCACAAAGCGAACCCGCAGAAUCUCGAUCACGAGGGCCGCACGUGCAUGUCGUACGUGCGGGCUCUGGAGAAGACGCUGGACAACUCGUCCGACUCGAUGGAGAUGCAGAAGCUGCUCGAGGUUCUAGAGCAAGCCAGCGUCUCCGGGAUGGACGACGCGGACGCGUCUUAGUAUUCAAGACGAUGUAGAGAAGAGUAAUGCCUUAUAAAUCCAACCCUGCCUGCGCGUCUUAUCGCUAUCGAGAAACUGGUGUACUUACGGUAUACAUAGAAAGCCAUGCUUCGUUUUUUAGUGGCUUAUUAUGAGAAGAGGGGAGAGAGGGAUGGAGGUUUUAUCAUUUUUGACAGAGCGAUGGAUUCGUCCGGAGGAGAGCAGCCAAAGUAUGUUGAGACGGGAGAUUGGAACGCAAAUUUAUUCUCUACGGUAGCGUUUUAGCUGUAUGAAAAGAAAAAAAAAUUAUAUAUAUAUAAGUGUAAAAAGUUUAUCGGUUAUGUAAACGGUCGAGAUCAUUUUAAAACACGCCGCCCGCACGAAAAUUCAUUCCGAAUUUGACGAGAAAUUUUUUAAAUGCGACAUAUUUAAAAGUUACGAUAAAUCUUAUCUACGACGUGACGCGUAAAUUUUGUACAUUGAACACGCGAUUCUUGAGGAGGGGAGAAAAAACGAGAAAGAAAAAAAAAAAAGAGGAAGGGACGGAGAAGUAAACUUUGCAAUAGAAUAUUUAUAACAAAUGGUUUGUGUCGGACGGAGGAUGGACUAAUAGCAUGCUCGAGUGUAUAAUUGUCAAUGACUGAGAGUACAAACACUCAUAAAUGUAGUUUAUAUUUAUAUAUAUAUAUAUGUAUAUCUAUAAUACAUGUAAUGUAUUUGAAGGAUAACUCUUAUAAUUUUUAUUUGAUUUGAUUGAUCAAUUAAACGUUUCAUUACCUC